AUGAAAGCAUGUGCGCCUGUGCCACUUCCGGAAAGAUGGCCCCGCGCAAACUCUCCCAUGAAGGCUCGUUUGCUCAAUGGGCAAUCAUCGGUCAACAUUCUUUCGCCGACGUCCCGCGUCACCCUUCCGCUAUACUGCGCGGUCGUGCAGGUCCCGGGCGAGUAUAAGAGAUGGUGUGUUAGCAGCCUUGCAGGCCAGGACACUACCUAUGCAUAUGUUGCCACGCAGGCCGAUGACGAUGAUGAGCCGCUGACCUGGUGUUUGCUUUGCUUGUUCGCCUUGCUGUCUCGCAGUGCAGUCCUCUUCAAGAAAGAAACAGGGCUCAAGAAAGAAAAAAGGAGAGCUGCAAAAGACCAGGGCAUCCGCAACACUGAUGGUCUGCUGAUGCUCGCAACGGCGAUUCUGCAGAAAGGUCACAGGGUAAUGACAUUUCAAGAUUUCGAGCUGUUGUGCAUGAGCAAUGAUUUGGAAGCUGAAGAUGUGCUCUCCAAGUGUGAGUUCCUGGAGCGAGAGGACUCUGGCAUCGUCGACAUCGUUGAAGUGCAAAGCCUGGAUGAUGCGCUGGUGUUUUGCUUGGUAGAGAAAUUCGGUAGCGAUGGCGACAGCAUCUGCGUGGAGAUGGACGAAUUUGGCAGAUAUGCAAACGAGCUGUUACCCAAGAGUAAGCGAGAAACGAAAGGCCUUCAGCAGAUUCUGGCCCUUCAUGCAGACAAGUUUUGUGUGUCGGGCUUUAAAGUAACCAUCCGCCAGCGACCAACCUGGCCGGAGCCAUCGAUCGACGAUGCAGUCCCAGCAUCAUUGUCGAAGCUGUCAGAUGGCGUCCAGCGAGAAGGAAGCACAGACUCAUCAACAGUCACGGCUGACACUUUUGCUGGCCGAUUGAGAAAGACAGUGCCCGACAUCACAGAAGCUCUGUUGAAGCAACCGGUGCUUUUCAAAGGCAGCUUGGGAAAGACGUCCACAGAGUCCGACACCACGAAGCUGGCCAGUGCUUUUGAGAAAUGCAUUGAGCGGUAUGGAAUUCUGAGACCGGAGCUGCUGGUUGCGGAGAUUGACUCUGCUUGCGCUCUCCGAGACAUCUCAGAAGAAGCUCGUCCGCAGCAAUUCUUGCAGGAAGAGCUACUAAAGGAUCCGCACGUCGGGGACAUCCUGGCAGGCUUUGCCACAAGACUUCUCCUUGUCGCAUCUUAUGUUCGAACGUCCCUCUUGAGCCAGCCGAUUCUCACGAUCCACGAUCUGGAGAUGCACAUUCUGUCACACCCAAUGUUCAAGGGCAAACGCAGCUUCGAAGAUGCAGGACUGGGCAAGUUGCAAUUCCACCCGCUGGUGAAGCAUCAUUUCGGCUUGGACGACUUGCCCAGCAUCCCCCAGGGCUUCCCAGCGAUUGGCGGAAGGGAGAUCCUGCAAUAUUUUUUCUCCGCGGAUGUGCUCUCAAUACUGGGCAAAGGAACACGGCUGUCCAGCGCGAGGACGAGAUCUGCAUUGGCGGCUUUAUCCAAGAUUGCCGAAGCUUAUCACUUCGAUGACUUUCGCGAACUAGGCAUUGCCGUGCAAGAUGGCUCUUUCCUGGGGCAGAUCAUCCCUGCCAUGGUCAACUCAAAGUUUGAGCUGAAGAGCAUCAUGCGGGCAGGUGAUGGGCACAUGAAACAGCUAGCGAAGCUGAGCAGCAAGGAGAAGCAGCAGGAAUUGGUGAGCAGCCUCUCAGUGCAAUUUGGUUACGGCACGGUUCAGCUCACAGUGGGCAGCGAGCCGGAGCGUGAGUCUUUUCAAGGAACAAGCUCGCUUGCAGGCAUAACAUCCACGAGACCGGACUGGCCCAUUGGGAAUGCCACCCUCAAACUGGCGGAUAGAGUUACAAACUAUGCACGCUGGCUGUUCGCUGAGCUGCUUCAGCUGGCAAAAGCAGAAGAAACCCCAGGACCUGCCGCACAUGUUAGUAACCAAGAAGCCGGGGAAGUUGAUCUCUCAGAAGUCCCUGCUGAAGCACCCAAUAGCAAGCACGAGGCAGACGAGCGAGGUGAGGCUGAGGACAUGGCGGUGAAGCUCAGCAAGCGUCUCCUGCGCAGCUUGAGGGAGAUCCUGCGAGAGCCAAAUCUGGAGCUGCGGGGGCUGUUGGAAGCGCCGCCCGUCGCACCGAGCUCUAAGCCAUGGCUGGGACACUUCGAAGAUCGCAUGUGCAAGGAAGAGCAGAAGAAGGAUUGGAACGACAUGAAGCUUGGCACUUUUGGCAGCUGGUUGGCGCAAAACAGCGACCAGAUUGCCAAUUCUGCUGGCUUGGUGAGCCGGAGCCGCGAACAGCUGGAUGUCGAGAAAGCUGCGCAGGACAUGUGCCGUCGCAUUCGUGCAGAUGGCGGCAACCAGAAGGCUGCGGAUGAUCCAACGCUGGUUCUGCAUGUUCUGCAGCAGUACUAUGCUGGCGUGUUGACCAAUUCCGAGCUUCAAGCCAUCGUCGACAACGUCGGCGAUGUCGAGAUUGAGGCCAAGCCUGAGGGAGAUUCGACGGAUGUGGUGCUUCAAGCCUCCAGCUCACAUGUGUCCCUCCCAGCAGCACAGCAAGCAGCGAUGAGCGAAGAGAGGGACAGGCUGUUGGAAAGCGCGACAGAGGCAGCACUGUCAUGUCCCUUGCUUUUCGAUGUGGUGGAGUCACUGCCAGAGUGGGAGACAAAUUUCGGAGCACUGGCCAUGGACAUCAGCAGUUUCCUGCGUUCGCCUGAAUUUCAAUCGCGGGCCAGGAAGAGAGGAGCGGUUGCCUGCAUUUUGGAGGUCCGCCACUCCGUUUUCCUGCGCCUUCCCUCAGCCGAAGACUCCUCGACGGAGCGUCUUGCAGAAGCUUUGGGAGCCGUGGACGGUCGCAGCGUCUCUGCCAUCGUCUUGGCCCGCGUCCUGCGAGAGGGCACGGCUGCGCCCUUGUCACUCUUAAAAGAGCAGGUCUCGAAAGGCUACAGGGCCUUUGUUGAGACGCAGCCGGAGCACUUCCUGCUCACAGCCAUCGCAGCCCUGCCGCGCGGUAUCGCUUCGAAGGAAGUUGUGGAGAUCAUCGCCUCUGGCUACAUGCGAUUGGAGCGGCCCCCUGUGGCCUUACUCAACUUGGUCUUCGGUGUCUACGAGGGCGUCCCUAGCUUUCGCUCGGCGCUGAAGCGGCUGGGCCUUCACUUUGGCAUCAUGGAGUGGGCCGACCCGUCGCGGCCAGAAAAUGACCAGGCUGCCGGCAGCCGAGCAGCAGCGACAGCAGCUCCAGCAACCGCUGCUGGCGCAACAGUGGAGGCGAAGGAUGCCGGCAUGCAGAGCUACCCCGUCACGGAGCAGCCUUCCACCUUCAAAGAGUCGGCCGUGCAACUGGCAGCAGAAGAGGAGGACGCACAGAACGAGGAAGUUUGCAGACGGAUAGCUGCCAUGAAGAAGGUUGACUACAACUUUGUUGACUUGGAGAAGCGCGAGUGGAUCAAAGAACCUGAAGAUGCUGGUGUCCGGUCUUUGCAGCAGACAGUGCAGGGAGCUGUCAAGCGACUUUCUGAAGACCUGUACAGUGGUGAGGCUCACUUUUUGCUGGAGCUUCUUCAGAACUGCGAUGACUGCACGUAUCCGGAGGGCGAGACGCCGACUUUGCGCCUGACUUACGAACCCAGGAAGGACAAGUUCAAAGAGCUGAGCAGCUUCCGUGUGGGGGAUGCUGUGGAAGCUUUCCUUGUUGUGGAGCACAACGAGAGAGGCUUUCAGGAGAAGAAUGUCAUCGCCAUCUGUGACAUAGACAAGUCUACAAAGCAGGCUACUGACAAGAAGUUCAUUGGGGCCAAGGGAAUCGGCUUCAAGUCUGUGUUCCUCGUUACCGCCACCCCUGUUCUGCACUCUCGCGGCUUCCACUUCCACUUCGACGCUGAAGCAAUGCAAGGAUUGGGUUCCUUGUUGCCCUUUCCCUUGAAGCCGGCCUCAAAGCCACCUCGUGGGACACGGCUCGUCCUGCCCCUGAGCAGCAUCUCAGGGCCGUUGCGGAAGCGGGGGCUGCGUGCUCCAGAUGUGGGCAAGCGUGCGCUCAAAGACGUGCAGCCCACACUGCUUCUAUUUUUGCGCAAGGUGGCACGAGUGGAGGCCUUUGACGGAGACAGUGGCCUGCAGCGGGUCAUCUCCAAAAUGCGCCUCCCUUCCGAGGGCCAGACCAACGCAGAGGAGAUCAAUCUGAAGGUUGACGAGGUUAACACCUGGUCCCCGGAGGAAUCACCGAAGUCGGAGGAGCAGCGAUGGUUGAUACAAACAAGAGGUGUGGAGGUUCAAGGAGAUGUUGAGAGCGGCUCGUCGGUGACGGAGCUGAAGUUGGCUUUCCGUCUCGAUGCGAAUGCAGGCAGCACGGAGAAAGUCUAUGCCUGGCUUCCGCUGCAGUCCUACGGAUUGCGAUUCGUCGUCCAGGCAGAUUGGAAAGUGCCAUCGUCCAGGGAGGCGAUCACAGACAACGUCUUUAAUCAGCAGAUUCGAGAGCAAGUCCCAGCAGCAUUUGUCGAAGCAGCGGAAGCAUUCAGAACCCGAGCCGCAGCUGCCGCACUGGAACAUAGUAUCGUUCUGCGAAGCUGCGGCGAAGAUGCAGGUUACCAUGGCUUGCCGCUUUCGCAGUUGAGAGCAGCCCUGGAUGCAUCGGCGGAUGCUCUCCAGCCACUCUACACCGCUGUGCCCCGGACAGGCGAUGCCGUCAAUUUUUUUCAGGGCACCGAUGCAGGCAUCCUUCGCGCUCUACGAAAUGUGCCAAUCAUGUUGGUGCGAGUGCCUGGCGGUGGCCCAGGUCCAGACGACGCGAACCUGCCUCCAUGCGAAGGAGAUGUUGAAGAAGCAGAGCAGGAUGAACGUCACUUCCGCCUUGGCUUUUCUACAGCCAAACAUGCUGUACGUGAACGGCUUCCGGAGGGCAUCCCAGCAUCUCUGUCUGAGCAUCUUCCGACGCUGGAGCCUUUGCUUGCGCAGGCGGGACACUAUUUGGAAGUUGGGAAGCUCCCAGCUCGUGUGGCAGAGGCACUUGGGGUGCCAGUCUUGGACGCAGAUGUGGCCCUGGACUGCUUGAAGGCGUUUGCAAGCCGGGCAGCUGAACGAGAUGAUGCGGACAUGCCCAUCGCUUUAGGGACAUCUGACAUCGAGACUUUGCACCUUCUUCUUUUGAUUGUCGAGGCGAAGCCAGAGUUCCUCGAAGAGGUGCGGCACUUGGCCGUCGUGCCGACGGAAGCCGGUCUCGUAGCCUUGGCAGAGCAAGAGGCCAGUGGCAGCAAGAUUUACGACAUCCCAGAUGAGUUGGCUGGUCUGGAAGCCGUCUUGGGAGAAGGGCAGAGGCUUGAUCCACGCUUGGGGCACAUCGCCCAUCCAAAGGUCAAGCAGCUCUUGCUCAAACUCGGUGUCGAGCGCGUCGAUGGCUUGGCCUUUUUUGACAACGUGCUGCUACCAGUCCUGGCACAAGGUGAAGCACCAGAUGCGGAGCAACUGCUUGCGGUUACAAGGAGAUUCAAGCAACUCGUCGCCAUCUGCGAAGAUGAAGGAUUCAAGGAGAUGAUGGCGGGUCGUGUCAGGGAGACCGGAUGGUGGGCUGUGGCCUCGUCGCACACCUGUGAGUCACAGAUGGUGAAGGUUGGGGGGCAGUCCGGACAAGGACUUCACUUGAAAUCCCUUUCUAAGUCCUUGGCGUCAGCAUUACGAUUGGCCGACGGAGCCAGCGAGACGGAGUGGCUAACCCCGUCGGAGCAGUACUUUGAGAAGGAGGAGGCGGCAAACAGUGAAGAACGAGAGAAGUGGGAGGACUUCUGGACUUUUCUCGGAGCCGUUCCCGCCUUCCACAUGGAGAUCGACUUCAAAGAUGUGGCGAGCGCAGAACUGGAGAGGCUUCUCCAGAUUGCCGGCAAGGAUGCGAAGCUAGCAGAGGAAGUCGUGAUGCUCCUCGCGCCGCAUGGGGAAUUCUACAAAGAUCCCAGGAAGCGGAGGGAGAGAGGCGGCCAUCUUCUCUGGGGCGCAUGCUCUGCAACUCUCCUUGGUUGCCGACACAUGACGAAGCGCUUUGCCUUUCUGCCUUGCGUCUCUACACUCGCGGAGGCAUGGCCGGACUUGGGCAUUGAGCAGAGCCCAUCCGCCGAGACCAUCAUUAGCCUCUUGCGAGGGCUGCACACUACGCAGGAAUAUUUGCGCCUCAGAACUUCCGAGAUGAUGACCAUCUAUGCAAAGCUCCAGGAGAAGCCAGCACAACGCUCAGCAGCUACUGUGUCGGCUUUCAUCGGUCAGGACGGCGAUCUCGAAGAUUUUCUCAAUGAAGAGCCCUGGGUCUUCAUACCCAACCAUCCAAAGCCCCAUGGAGGUUUCAAAGAUUGGUAUGAGGUAAGAGCUCAAGAUCCUCACCGCGGAAGUUUCUACAGAGUGAAGCAGUUGGUGUUUCAGGAUCGAGCUGAAUGCCUGGACGGUUUCAGUCAAAACGCAGGAGAUGAUGUCAUCGACCUGAUGCGUGAGCGCUUGGACAAGCGAGUCGUGGCAAACUACUAUUUUGGCGACAAGACCCUGUUUCCAAGCACGUGGACACGAAAACCACCACAGAAUCGACUCCUCGGCUUGUUGGCAACUCGCCAUGUGCAGGACAAGUUACGUGUUGAAGACUAUAUCGCGGUGUUGGAGGCUGUGGACGAGCAGAUUUCUGUCAUCACAUCCAAGAAAGGGUUGCCCAAGAUCAGCUUGGAAAGCAUCCCUGGCCUUAUGAACCAGAUACUGCGCAGAGUGCGCAUCGUGGUGGAUACUGAGCUGCGGGAAGCGCGGGACCGGCAGGAGGAGGUGGAGGAGGAGCAGGAGGAGAAACAGGACAGUCGGUUGGCCACAGACAUGGGCAUGUCUAACUCCUUGGCAACAUUUUGUCGUGCGACAUCGGGCCUCCGCUUUCUGAAGGCCGCAGACGGGUCUUGGCAGCCGAUGAAGCACUUCGCAUACGUUGCUGCUGAAACGAAGCGGAACGAGUUUUCAGGCUGGUCGGCUGGGGCACUUCAAUAUGUGGCCAUUGCACCCGAAAUGAAAGGGCGAAGGGCUCCAGCCAUCUUCAAACUGUUGCAGAGAUGUGGAAUCCGUCCUUGGGAUAAGAAGGAAGAAACGCUGAGAAAGUGUGCAGUCAUCGUCUCCUGUGAGGAGGUGUUGAAAGAGAAGCGACGAGCUGCGACGAUGCAGAUUCUCUCAGAAGCGAUACAGAUUGCCGAAGAGAAGUAUUCAGAUGUAAAGGAUGAGGAAAAUAUGCUGGACGGUAUUGACAUCUUCGGCCGGCUUCGGAGCCUCGCUGGCAGGCUGCGAGUGGAGCCGGCGAGCGCGUUAUCAGUUCACCAGGCGAUUGUCUCGACAUCCGCGAGAGCCAGAUACGUGGCCGUGAGGUUUGCAGAGUUCAAGUCGCACAAAGGCGCGGGAGUCCCGAUUGUGAGGACCAAGCAGCUCGAGGAGACGACGAUCGCAUUCACAGGCGAAGCUCCCGCAGACAGUGGAGAUGAGGAGAAGCAGAUCGUUUUCACCUUUCAGGGUGGUGUGGUGGAAGCUCUUGAGCAAGGAUCGAAAAGCCUCUCCAGGGCCUUGGUCAUGGUCGCCACACAGCGCCUACCUGGAGAGCUGCCGAAAGAUGAUGGCUACGAAGGCAGACGCGGCCUCUCUGAGCCUGCGUGGAUUGUCGCGAAUCUGCUGACGAUGGCCAUCGGAGACGCAGCUGGUCAGUGCCAGGACCAACCUUCCGAGAGAGUCCCAGAGACAUCGUCGGAAAGUAUCAGCACAGAAGGCGUGAGUGAGUCGGAGGAAAACCCAUCAACAAGGCGGCUAUUGGACAAGCUCUUCGAGGAGUUCAAGGACAUGGAGAAGUCCGAUAUGCGCGAGGCCCUGGCACAUGCUUCCGAUGAGGGAGACCAGGGAAGCGGGGUUGAAUCGGACUUGUCCACGGCAGACUUGCUGCAAAAUGCAUACGAAGCGCUCCAUUUCAGGCGUAAGAAACGUGCGAAGAAGACGCAGGCCCAGGCCCCGGAGAAAUCUGCACGAAGGGACAAGGAAUUAGGCGAGUUGCCCCCGAGCUUGGACGAGCUGUUGCCUCCAAUGCUGCCUUAUGACGCAACGCGGAGCGACGGCAGCAACCUCCUCUUCGAUGUUCCGGGAGGCCGCUCAGAGCAAGCGGAUCGGCCCCAGGAUGCGGACGAUGGGCGCAAAAGUGAGGUCUUGCCCGAGGCCAACCCAGGGGACGUGGCUCAGAGCAUUCGCGCAAAGCAAGUCGGCAGACUUCGAGAUGGCGAGGCAGACCGCCCCAGCAGGAGGGAAAGAGGCCUGAGCCAUCCACGAGGCUAUUCGCUGAAGAGAAUCGCUCUGGACUUGGACGCGCCGCCUCUCGAGACCGGCACUUUUGGAGACACCGACGUUCGGCCAGAAGACCUGCAAGAAGUGCUUGCCAAAGCUUCGACGCCUUCCUCCGGCUCUGGCGCCGGCAGCUCAGCCGGGGGCCUGGAGUGGGUGGGGAAGGUUGGGGAGCUCUUGGCAAAACGCUCCUUAGAGCAGCAGGGCUUCGAGGUUUGCUGGGUCAAUGAAACUGGCGAGCUCGGGCUCCCCUUCGACCUCAUCCUCAGUCAGGGGGGCAGCCUGCCUACACUCCGCAGCGAUGGAGGAUCGGUCCAGGGCGAAUUGGCGGCUGAACUUCUGGAUGCGGCCCUGCGUGGAAAAGGAGAUCCGAACGUGUGCUUCGCGGAGGUGAAGUCGACCACAUCGGGUGACCGAGAAGUCUUCGAGAUCUCCCGUGCAGAGGUCACUGCAUUGUCAACGCUAGGACCGCGGUACUGGCUCGCUCGCGUCUUCGGCGUGCCGGACACGAACCCAAAGUCUGGGAUGGCUGCUGACCAGGCUGCACAGAAUACGAAGGUGCGCCUUUGGAAGGAUCCGAAGAAGGCUCUUCAGAGUGGGGACAUGAAGUUGCUGCUGCUGACUUGA